UCCCGACGAUCUGAUAAACUUAUCUAUCAAUACAUGGCCAUGCACUUUUACUUUAAUCGUUACAUAAAGAAACACAAGACUCUUGGCGCUCAACUUCAGCAAUUUAUUAAUGAUGUUAUUCGUGUGUAUCCUGGACCACCGGAGUUGGGAGUAGAGGGACUUACACUGACUGAGAUCAAUCUUCCAACGCCUGAGAGUGAGAACAUCGAACAUCUUAUACCAAUCCCUCGAACUCCUAAACGAAGCAAACAAGAACCUCUCAGCGAAAUUGAAGAUGAAAUUGAAGAUAUGGAUGAUCCUGAAUGGGGACCUGGUGAUUUCUAA